AAACACAGCGUGCUGCUGUUGCCUGGAUACGUGUGUUUGGCUCCCGAAGCCAGCAGCGUUUUCGACUCAUUUUUACUCUUAGCUGAAAGUUAUCACAAUGGCAGAAGACACGCAAGAAGUCCCUCAACUCGCAUUAGUGGCUGUUAUUGGGUUUAAUGGUCAUGUGUUUUCUGGACUCAAAGUGCACCCAGACAAAGAACAUCUCAUUUAUCCUCUCGGCUGCACUGUUAUUAUUAAGAGUCUGAAAAGUGGAAGACAAACUUUCCUUCAUGGCCACACCAACAACGUAUCCUGCAUUUCUGUGUCCAAAAGUGGACGCUAUAUUGCAUCUGGACAGGUCACGUUCAUGGGAUUUAAGGCUGAUGUUAUUAUCUGGGACUAUGAGAAGAAGGAGAUUUAUGCCCGUCUCAUGCUACAUAAAGCUAGAGUUGAAGAUCUUAGCUUCUCCCCAAAUGAUAAGUACCUUGUAUCGUUGGGUGGACAGGAUGAUGGCAGUAUCGUAGUGUGGAACAUCGAGAGUAAGGAGGCUAUAUGUGGCAGUCCUGCUUCAGCACAGAGUGCUGGUCACUGCCUCACCAUCGAGUACACCAACCUGAACGAUGAAAUCUUUGUCUCUGCUGGAAAUGGAACUCUGCGUGUAUGGGAGCUUGAUUUGCCCAACAGAAAGAUCCGGCCCACAGAAUGUCAGACUGGACAGCUCAAGAGAAUUGUCAAAUGCCUAGAGAUCCCAGAUGAUGAUAAUUAUUUCUACUGUGGAACUACUAGUGGAGAUAUUCUGAAAGUGAACCUGAAGACAAGGUUGCUGAACAGCUGUGGUCCUGUUAAACAAAAAUUCAGCAAGGGAGUGAACACUCUUAAAGUCUUGAAGACUGGUGAUAUUUUAGUUGGAUCAGGAGAUGGGAUGUUGUCUUUGUGCUCAGGAGGGAAUUUCAAAACCAUUAAGAGUGUUCAGUUGGAGGGAGGGGUGACAUCAGUAACCCUGCGUGGAGACGGGCAGCAGUUCUAUGUUGGGACAGAAGCUGCACAGAUCUACAAUUUAGGCUACACAGACUUCAAACCAGAGCUUAUUGCUACAAAUCAUAACAGUGCUGUGAAGGACGUGGCCUUUCCUUUUGCGACAUCAGAGCUUUUUGCCACCUGUUCACAGAAUGACAUACGAGUGUGGCAUACUGAGACCUCCAAGGAGCUUCUGCGUAUCACGGUGCCUAACAUAACAUGCAACGCUCUGGGCUUUGUACAGGAUGGCAGGAGCAUCUUCAGUGCUUGGAAUGAUGGGAAGAUCCGUGUGUUCACCCCAGAGAGUGGGAAGCUGAGGCUGAUAAUUCAUAAUGCCCACAGUAUGGGAGUGACUGCCAUAGCAGCGACCAAUGACUGCAAGAGGAUUGUCAGUGGAGGGGGAGAAGGACAGGUGAGAGUAUGGGAGAUAUUCCAGAACUCAUAUCGGCUCAUCGAGACCAUGAAGGAGCACAAAGCUACGGUUAACUGCAUUAAGAUCAAGAGUAACGACAAGGAGUGUGUGACAGCCAGCUCUGAUGGAGCUUGCAUCAUCUGGGACCUGGUGAGGUUCGUGAGGAAUCAAAUGGUCUUGUCUAACACCCUGUUUAGUGUUGUAUGUUACCACCCUGAGGAAUUCCAGAUCAUCACCAGUGGCACUGACAGAAAGAUUGGCUACUGGGAGGUGUAUGACGGUUCUGCAAUCAGAGAACUCGAGGGCUCCUUGUCGGGAGCUAUAAAUGGCAUGCACAUUUCUGAGGACGGAAAAUAUUUUGUGACUGGUGGAGAUGACAAAUUACUAAAGCUCUGGCACUAUUCUGAUGGUGAAGUGACCCAUGUUGGCAUCGGGCACAGUGGAAGCAUCACAAAUGUGAGGAUCUGUCCCAACAGCAGAUAUAUUGUCAGUACCAGUGCCGACGGAGCUAUCCUAAGGUGGAGAUACCCACAAACCUCAUAGAACCCUAAUGCAGUUCAGAUAUGAUGAUAGUUCAGAUAUACAUUUGCAUUGAUUUAAGAUUUAAGUCACAACAAAAUUUAUAUUAAAUUGUCUGAAAUAUUUCAAGAGCACAUUCAUGUGUAUUGUAUGGCUCUUUGGAUUUUAUUUACUAUAUUUAAAAUGUGACAUUAUAAAUUAAAGGAAAACAUCAUCGUAUAAUAAGGUAUUUUAAAGGCAUAGAACCAGAAAAGACGAAUGGUUACCUUCCAUUCCUUCUUCUUGCAAAUAAUUGUAUUGCAAAUUAGGUUACGAAUUCUUGCGAGAUUUAAAGGUACCAUUAAACAGUCCAAUUCCAGUCAUUUCAUUGAAAUAAAGCAGCCUAGAGCCCCAGUUUCAGAAGACUUUUUGUGAACUGCACUGUCAGCUAAUAUAUCACCUGAGAAUCUCCAGAGAGCUGGCGGGGGAGGUUUGGAGAAGUACAGCACGGCGUGAACCCAGCAUCUGGAUGUACCUGUCCCAAAUUUCCUCUCACCUACGAGGAACAGCCUCAAUAAUGAAUAUCUUAACCCCUAGCAGUAAGGAUAUUCAGCCACAUACACUUAAAAAAGGGGGUUGGUCUGCUUUUGGUAUGGCCUACAUCACAGAUGACACACAAAAGACUAUCCAAUAACCUUGUUGUUGCUGAUAUAAAGACAUAAAAAAACAAAGUCAGUAGGCUAUCCAAUCAAAAUGGAUCUCAGUAGUCAUAUAAACUGUAUUUAUCUCUCCUGAAGGUUAUUAAAAAUCCACCUGUCAGAGGAUAAACCUGUACAGGGUUUCUGAUGAGGCAAGAA